AUGACAAGCGUGGAAGAUUCUCAGAGCGAGACCUUGACACUCAAGGCUCAGUGUCACUGCGGCCUCGCUUCCUUUGCCAUUGACAUUCCCACCAGCGCAUUGCCACUCAGAUCAUCCAUUUGCAGCUGCAACUCGUGCCGCAGGGUGACGGCUCAGCUGUUUGCCACUCAUGUUGCUGUUCCUGGGAAUCCGCUCCCCGACGUAUCAAAGUGGACGUCUUAUAACUCAUCGGCGUCGCUGACCCGCGUCUUUUGCCCGCGGUGCGGCUGCAGUGUAUUAUGCCACGGGUCUACGGGCGCGUGGUUUCUCUGUGGAGGUGUGCUGGAAGGACCAAUUCAGGGGAUACAGGACCGUCAGGCAUUGUUCGCCAACGACAGCAAAGACGGGGGCGGCUAUAUAUGGCUGCCGGAGAAGAAUGGUGUCGGCAAUGUAAUCCAGCACCAUGGCGAUCAACGUGGAAGCGAGAUGGUCGACGUGGAAGCCAUGCGGCGCAAUUUUGCGGCCGAGAUGACGACAUCGUCGACACAGGAACCCGGUCAGGACGAUACACUGCAGGCUAGUUGCCACUGCGGCGCAUUCCAGUGCCAUAUUACCAAACCCGAUCCCGAAACCCCGGGACCAAUGACCGGGCGCGGCAAAUGGUGGCUCGCGGAGGACAGCCGCCGAUACUGGGCCGGGCUGGACGCCUGUCGCUCGUGCCGCAAAGUGACGGGGUACGAGGUCAACUCGUGGGCCUACAUACCGGCGUUUAACUUUCGUAACCCAGACGGCACGCCGCUCGACCCGGCGACACACCCGGCGCUGCAUCAUUACAGCAGCUCCCCCGGUGUCCAUCGCGACUUUUGUGCCACGUGCGGCGCAUCCGUCUUUUUCAGAAGGGAGUCGAGGGACCCUCAGGUCUGGGAUAUUGGUGCCGGUCUGUUGCGCGGUCGCGGUGCUCGCGCCGAGGACUGGCUUCAGUGGAACACGCUCGACUUUGCGGAGUUUGCUCUGGAUCCGGAAUUUGUGUCGGGGAUUGUAGAAAAGAUGCAGUCUUAUAAAGCGGCCCACUAA